CGUCACACUCAGGCGACGGACUCAUCCAGAAAUGGAGCUGCUUCUAGUUUCCGUCGCGGUCACUUUGUUGAUCGUUUGCGGAGCAGCGCCACCGAACUUCGUCGUCCUCUUCGCAGAUGAUUUAGGGUUCGGAGACUUGGGAUGUUAUGGUCAUCCCAGUUCACUGACUCCGAAUUUGGACCGACUUGCCACGGGUGGGCUUCGCUUCACGGACUUCUACUGCUCCAGUCCGGUCUGCAGCCCGUCCAGGGCCUCGCUUCUGACGGGUCGCUACCAGACCCGAUCCGGAAUCUAUCCGGGAGUUCUCUACCCUGGAUCCAUCGGGGGUCUUCCACUAAAUGAGACCACCAUCGCAGAAGUCCUGAAGCCCCGGGGUUAUGCUACUGCUGCAGUGGGGAAGUGGCACCUGGGAGUCGGGGCCAAUGGCAAGUUCCUUCCAACCAAUCAGGGGUUCGACCAGUUCCUGGGCAUCCCAUACUCUCAUGACAUGGGUCCCUGUCACAACCUCACCUGCUUCCCCCCGGAUGUUAAGUGCUCUGGCUAUUGUGAUGUGGGGACCGUGCUGGUACCACUGAUGCGAAAUGACACCGUCAUACAACAGCCGGCCGACUUCCUGACUCUGGAGCAGAAAUACAGUGACUUUGCCACCACGUUCAUCACCACAGCAGCUAAGAAGCAGCAGCCUUUCUUCCUCUACUACCCCUCACAUCACACGCAUUACCCUCAGUAUGCAGGAGUCAAGGCUGCAGGUCGAUCUCUGAGAGGGCCUUUUGGAGACGCUCUGCUGGACUUUGAUCAAACUGUGGGAGACAUCUUAGCGACUCUGGAGAGGACGGGAGUGAUCCACAACACGCUGGUGUUCUUCACUUCUGAUAAUGGACCAGAGUUGAUGAGAAUGACGCACGGAGGGAACGCAGGACUUCUGAAAUGUGGGAAAGGAACCACGUACGAUGGCGGCAUGAGAAUGCCGGCCGUCGCCUUCUGGCCAGGAGUCAUUAAACCUGGUGUGACCCAUGAGCUGGCCAGCACUCUUGACCUUCUCCCGACCAUCAUGAAGUUGGCAGGGGCCAAACUCCCACAGGUGCAGCUGGACGGUGUUGACAUGGCCAACAUCCUCUUCCAUAACACAAUGAGUGAAAGAGAGACGAUGAUGUUCUACCCGACUACUCCACCUCAGCAAUACGGCCUGUUUGCAGUCAGAUGGGGAAAGUACAAGGCACAUUACUACACCAGUGGUUCCUCACACAGUGACAUGUCACCCGACCCUGACUGCUCUGUGUUGGCCGCACUGAAGUCCCACGAUCCCCCGCUUGUGUUCGACCUGGAGGCGGACCCUUCAGAGAACUUCCCUCUCACCUUGGACGAUAUGCCGGACCUGCUGGUUCUGGUGGAGAAGAUCAAAAGGGUGAAGGAAGGGUUUGAAGCCACCAUGGAGUUCGGAGAGAGCCAGAUACUGAAGGGGACGGAUGUGGAGUUGGAGCCCUGCUGCAACCCUCGGUGCACUCCCAAACCCACUUGCUGCCACUGCUGAAGCUUUUGAUCGGAGAAGGCCUUGCAGUUCUGAGUGAAGAUCGUGAUGCUGGUCUUCUGAACAAGUGUAAGGAACUGGAGCAGAUGAUGAACAAAUGUGUCUUUCAAUCAACUGUUUACAUUGUAACUCGCAUGCACUUUAACUGACCAGUGAAUGCACAUGAGGAUCAUCAUUUGUGCCUUGUAAAAACCGUCCAACCAGGUAUCUCUGGUUUCAAUGAUGAAGGGAAAGACAAAAUAAUGUGUUAUAUACCGUCAUUUCCGGACUAUAAGUCUGAACCCUGCGGCUUAUACAGCGACAUAUGGAUUUUUACAGACUGAACAGCGGCAUGCUGCCAAAAUAUUGAGCCUCCUCACAUCAAACCGAUGAAAUCACAGGUGUUUUAUUGACCUUAAAGCGCUCAAAAUGUGCCGUUUUCGCCCGGGUGUCCGCAGGAGACGAGAAGCAGCAGCUGCGAGACCGGCUGUGGUGUAGGAACUUCUGACACACAGGGGACAACAGUGCAUUUUGAGUGCUUUAAAGUCAAUAAAAGACGUGAGGAGUUCAUGAUUCCAGUUCAGAAUAUUGACCAGUUUGUUUCAUGAGUCAGUCUACAUGCUGAACUCUCUUUUCAAAACUAGUGUAGAAGUGAUCCUGAUGUAUUUUUAAGCCGGGUGCUCCACUGACUUUGCUACGGCGCAGACAGCACCACUGCACCCACAGCUUAUGUAUGAACAAGAUCUAUUUUCCUUCUUGAAUUUACUGGUUGCAGCUAAUAUUCCAGUGUGCUCUAUUGUCUGGAAUUUACGAUAGUUGUUUUAAAAUAAUAGGGGGAAAAAAGCUCCAAUUGAUAGUGUUGGUUGAUGUGUUGACUUGAUGCAUUUUCCAGUCCUGUUUGUUUUUGUCUUGUGAAAUGUAAUUUAUGAUGAUGUUCUGUAAUAACAUCCUGCUGAAGUUAUGAAGAAUAAAUGGCAACAAAUGAAUUAAAACAUGAGUUAACAGUCAACUCAGAAAA